UUAAGAAAGUGACUCUGCUUAAUUUGUUGUAGCUGCGAAGACAACACGAGUGGUGUGAUGUUACAAGUAAUCAAAACAUGAGUUCUAAUUGUUAUAUGGAAUAGUUACUAACAUCCAGAAUGUUUCGCUCUCCUGAUCCAUUUAAGGGACAGAAAUAUGAGUCUAUAAAGAAGGAUUGUAUAAAGAGGGGACAGCCAUUUGUAGAUCCAGAGUUUCAACCCAACAACAAGUCAUUAUUUUACAGUAAAGUGGACAGUGACAUUGAAUGGAAAAGACCUGGUGAGCUGUGUAAAGUGCCCCGCCUGGUGGUGGAAGGUGUCACUACAGAUGACUUGAACCAAGGAGAGUUAGGCAACGUGUGGUUUGUCACAGCAUGCACGAGUCUAGCACAUCUUCCCAAACUUUGGCAAAAGGUGGUCCCUAACCACAAGGAGCAAGACUGGGGCCCAGAAAGCGAGUAUGCUGGAAUAUUCCACUUUCAUUUCUGGCGGUAUGGUUGUUGGGUGGAUGUGGUAGUGGAUGAUUUACUGCCCACAAAGAAUGGAAAGCUGGUGUUCUGUCAUUCUAAAAACAAGAAUGAAUUUUGGAGUGCUUUGCUGGAAAAGGCAUAUGCAAAGCUCUAUGGUGACUAUGAGACCUUAAAGACAGGGUACCCUGCAGAUGCCCUGGUGGACUUCACUGGGGGCGUUGCAGAGAAACUGGACCUUAUGCAAUACGGAGUUAGGCAGAAUGAGGAUGACAAAAUGGAGUUCUUUGAAGAGCUGUUGGAUGCCAGUGAGAAUAGUUCUCUGAUUAUUGCUACAAUUUCUUGUCCACAAUCUGAUGUGGGGCAGUCAGGAAGACAGGGUCUAAUGAAGGGGUAUGGUUAUGGCGUCACUGCUGUUAAAAAGAUAAGUGUUAACAAGGGUCUCCAGGCAGCCACAGGGUCAGGCACCUUGCUCAUGCUUCGGCUCAACAACCCCUGGGGGACCCAGGAGUGGACAGGUGCUUGGUCUGACCAAUCUGAAGAAUGGAAAAAUUUGUCAGAGGCAGAGAAGAAGAAGUUAGGACUAACAUUUCAAAAUGAAGGAGAGUUUUGGAUGUGUCUGGGUGACUUUAUCCAUUACUUUGAGAAUGUGGACAUGUGUCAUUUUGUCAACACGUCUUUCUUCUCCCUGAAAAAGACCUGGUAUGAGUCACUCAUGCCUGGAGAAUGGACCCAAGGAGCAAGAGGUUCUCCCCAGAACAGAAGUGGUGGAGCAUUCCACAAUAAAGAUUCAUUCCUGAAUAACCCUCAGUUUGUAUUUGACAUCAAAGAGGAUACAGAUACUGCUAUGAUUUCAUUGGAACAAGAUGACAAAAGAGCUGAUAAGAAGAUAGGGGGAGAGCAUCUACAGAUUGGGUUUCAUAUUAUGAAGGUUGAAGAGAACAGGAAAUAUAGGGUUCACAUCCCUGGAGAAAAAUGUGCCGAGACAGAUUUCAAGCAAUCCAGAAACAUUUAUGGAAAAUACGUUCUGAGGCGUGGACGUUAUGUGAUUAUCCCCUCAACUUAUAAUCCCGGUUCUGUAGGGAAAUUCUUACUGAGAUUAUACACAGGGGCCAACUCCAGCUCCAAUAUCAGAGAGCUGACAAAGGAAGGGCCAGAAAGAAGCUGCUGUAUCUGUAUAAAACAGCCUCAGAUAGUACUCACCAUCACCAUCAUAAAGGCACGUGACCUGGAGAAAAGGGAUAAAGAUAAAAGUCCAGGAGAGCCAAAUCCGUAUGUGGAGAUAAAAUGUGAGGGAGAAACUGUGAAGGCACCGAUAAAGAAGAAUACAGCUGUGCCAGAGUGGGGAACAAUGGCAACUUUUUAUCUCAAGAAACCAGACACACCAAUCAUUGUUGAUAUUUUCAACCACAAAACCUUGCUUGAUGAGUUUAUUGGGCAGGCCACCAUUCCUGACCUGGGCACUAUGGAAGGAGAGGAAAAAGAAUACGAUCUCUUUGGAAAAAGCAAGAAGGAAAAGAAAGAGGGGACAAAAUAUCCCGGCUCGCUUAGAGUUAGGCUACAGUCCAGCUAUGACUUGACUGACCUGUGAUAUACUGGUAUUAUAUAUAGUAUUGGUACGCCUUUGGUCCAUUACCUAAAAUUAUUCAGUUGUAAGAGGACAUUUAUACCAACAAUCUUUCACAUCUUAGGAAAUGUUACUGCAGUUACAUUAAAUACAAUAUUCUACAUAUAAGUUUGUCAGAUACACAAUGCUGGAAUUUGCAAAUAUCACCAUCCUUCACAUAUUUAAACCUUCCAAAGUUGAAUUCAGUCCAUUUACAACCUACCCACUGUGAUACUCCCUGAUAACAAAACUUACAUUUCACACAGACAGAAGAAUAAGAGAAUAAGAUUACAACAGGUAAUAGUUUUAAUUAUAAGCUUUAACAUCAUGCAGUGGACUAAUUGAUGGUCCAGUAUUUGUUAUAAAAUCAAAAAGAGAUUUUUUUACUAAACAGGGAUGCGCUGUGUGUUUUUAUAUAUCAACAAAUUUAUAUACUCGAGAAAGUAUGUAAUCAAAUGAGAAUGAUAUUGCUGUGAUGCCUAAAUAGAUGUAUGCUGAAUAGUUUGUCCUGUUAGGUGUAGUAAGGCGCUACUCUAAGUGCUUUUUAUAUCCUUGUGCCAUUGUGACGGUGCAAGAACUGUUAAACUUUGCCAUACUCAUUGAUGAUUUUAUCUGACCCUUUGAGGUGUGAAGGUUGGUAUACAAACAGUAUUGACCCAUCAACUCCGAGCCAAUAUUUUGCGGGCCACCAUAGGGCCAUGUGAGGAACC